CCGCGGGUCCGUGAACGCAGCACAGGCGGAUCUCCUGCUCGUGUUUUCGUGGGCAGCAGAGUUUUGAGUCGCAGUUGGAGAAAGUGACGCGGAUCGUCAUUUUCACUCUGAGCCGAUCCGUCGGUGUCGGAUCGAUCGGAUCGAUGAAUUAGCUCGUGAGCAGCAGCUGUGGUGUUUAAACGAAACCACGUUGUUGUUCCAUGUGUUUGGAUGAUUGGAGGACCCUGAACGCCUCCUCAGAUCAAUACUGAACACGAUUGAUCGCAAUCGGUUGGUUUGACACCCCACGUGACCUCACAGUACCGCGGUAAACCACGUUGGCACGAUUAAAAUGGAAAAAAAAAUUCUUUUUCUGUCAAGUUCACUCGAAUAUGAUACAGUGCAUUACAUUUUAAGUUGGAACUCUGGAUUUUUCCGAGUUCAGCAGCAGUGUUUUCUUCAUGAUUUAUAACUCAUAAAACUUUUAAUAUGUUUGCUAACUCCUAAACGUGUUUUUUUAACGUUACAGUAUUUUUAGGAAACGCAAGUAGUAGUAAUUUGUUUCGUAAUGCUAGUAGCAUGUUAUGAACUGAUAUGAACCAAAUGAUCGUAGAUCGAUGUCGUGCUGGUCGUGAAUUAGCCUAACUACUGAAAAUAAUUCCGCAACGUGAAACAAUGUGAAACUCUAGGUGUUGUUAUCUUGUGAUAUUGCUACGUACGUUUUCUUCAUAAUUUAUAAUCGUGCGUAUAAUUUUGCUUUUUAAGUGUUUGCUUUUAACGUCAUUUGAAUUUGUACGAAACAUUUUGUUUUAGCUUUGUGUUUGUUUUUACGUAAAAGCACCACCAGAGCUGACACGUUUUUAUUUUGAAAUCAUGUCUAAUCAUGUGACCAUGUUUGGUUUUUUCGUCUCCGUCCUCAGACAUGGAGCGUGUGUGUGUGUGGCUUGUGUGUGUAUGCGUGCCGAUGACCGCGCACGUCACAGCUCUUGGUCGAUUCGAUGGCAGUGGUCAUGCCCACCUGGUUUCCAACGGUAACACAGCCUCAGAUCUGUGUGCGAUAGAUCCGCUGCUGUGUCACGAUGAAAACGCUCUCAUGAGCUUCGAGUCCAUCUGCAGCGUCCACAAACUGAUGGACGAGGACUCGGACGGGACGGUGGACAUGAUGGAGACGGACGAGUUUCUCAGGGAGGACCUGAAGUCUCACGACCCCAAAUCCAAACACAGCAGCUUCCACGGCGCAGACCUGCACAUCAGUGUGGAGGACAUGUGGGGCGCCUGGAAGAACUCUGCAGUGUAUAACUGGACGGUGCAGCAGGUGGAGGACUGGCUGCUCGUCAGUGUGGAGCUUCCUCAGUACACAGAAAACUUCCGGAAACUCCAGCUGGACGGGAAAGCUUUACCCAGGUUGGCAGUGAAGAACACCACCCUCACUGUGCUGCUGCUGAAGAUCUUGGACAGAAGUCAUGGUCAGAAGCUGCAGCUCAAAGCUCUGGACAUCGUUCUGUUUGGUCCACCUCCAGGGCGUCAGAACCGGUGGAAGGACCUGGUUCUGGGCGUGUCCGUCGCCAUGGCGCUGUGCGGCUGCUGUUUUGCGUGCGUGCAGACGCGCAGGUCCAGAGAUGACCUGGGGAAGCUGAUGAAGGACCUGGAGGGUUUACAGCGAGCUGAGCAGAGUCUGCUGCACAUGCAGGAGAAGCUGCAGCAGGCUCAGGAGCAGCAGCGUUGUGUUCAGGUGGAGAAGGUGAAGGUGGAGCAGGAGCUGAGGAGAGAAAUCAACUCUGCCAAACAGGAAGCACAGCGCCUCCAACAGCUCAGAGUGGGAACUGAGAAUGAGUGGAGCCGCCAGAAGUAUGCAGAGGAGGAGCUGGAGCAGGUGCGGUCAGCUCUCAGACAGGCAGAGCAGGAGUUGGAGAGUCGUCCUCUCUGGUUUCCUCCAGAUUCUCUGCAGAAAUGGCUGCAACUGACGCACGAGAUCGAAGUCCAGUAUUAUAACAUCAAGAGACAGAGCGCUGAGAGACAACUGCUACAGGCCAGAGACGGGGCAGAGAAGAUAAAGAAGAAGAGAAGUUCUCUGUUUGGAACGUUCCACGUGGCUCACAGUUCGUCUCUGGACGACGUUGACCAUAAAAUCCUGUCAGCAAAACAGGCGCUGGCUGAGGUGACGGCAGCGUUGAGGGAGAAGCUCCACCGCUGGCAGCAGAUCGAGUCCAUGACAGGUUUCUGUUUGGUCCAUAAUCCGGGUCUGGGAGCUCUGGCCGCUGCACUCAACCUGGACCCGUCCAUGCUCGGCCUGCGACCUCCGACCCCUCAGCACCUCAUCCUCUCUGAUGACCUGGACGACAUGGACGAGGACAUCCUGUCCCCUGGGACGCUGCAGUUUCAGAAUCUGACGCCCCUGCGUCAGAGGCGAGGAGACCCCGGUCUGACGUUCAGCUCUCAGAGGGACAUUAUGAGCCGCUCUGACUCCUCCCUUGCUCUGUCUCCUGGCGAAUUCCGAGGUCCGCACACUCCGAAGCCCUUCCUCAUGUCGUCCAGGUUCCACCCCCUUCAUGGCCCUGGCGAUGGGUUAGGAGGAGGAGGAGGAGGAGGUCUGGAGAAGAGCUCCAGCCUCGGGGAGCUGAGGGGAAGUCCCACCUCCGUGCUUGCCUCGUCCAGCUCCACCCGCUCCCUCUGCAUCACGUCUGACGCCGCCAACAGUCUGGUGGCGUCCUCGUCCUCAGCCUCGUCCACUUCAUCGGGAGGUCGCGGGACGUCCAGGAGGAGCCCGGCGGAGGAGGACGGCGGGGAGGAGAGCGAGUCGUCCAGCUCCAGGAGGAGACACGCCUUUGAUAAGAUCUUCAAGAAGAAGCAGGGGCGUCACUGACACUCACUCUGCUUUUACAGGUUUCAGGUCCACGACAGACAUCCCUCACAUGAAGAGGGACGGGUUAAAGAGAAGGGACGUUUGAUGGAUUUAAAAUGAUUGACUUUGGGGAAAAGAAUUCUGUUUUCUAACUUUUUCCAUUCAUGAAAUAAGUGGGUGUGGUUUGUCACAGCUUUGGUUAUUGUCUGAAAUUAAACAGUUGACAGUUAAGUUUUUUAUUUUUUAAAGUGUUAUUGAGCAUCAAGAACCAGCCUGACACAUUUUAGCCACUGAGCAAAAGACUCUCCAUCACCAAAUGCUGCUGGUCUACUGCUGCCUCGUGUGGUCACUUUAUGUCACUGAGGUCAAUCUAAACUAAGGAUUUCAAAUGCUGAAGUGACAAAAUAAGACAUUUGAACUUAGUGAUGGAGGCAGCAGUGGAUCAACAACUCCUGUGUGCUGUCAUGUUAAAAUCACUGAUUUUCUCUAUGGGCUUUGGUGUGGGAGAGUGAGUGGUUUACAAACUUUAGUUUCCUGUUGGAAGUCUGUCUAACGGUGAGAUAAAGACAUCGCAGACUUGUCUUGAUGUUGAUUUUAUCAAAUAAAAAAGGCUCAAGUAACUGUUAACCACACGAGGCAGCAGUGGACCAGCAGCUCCUGUGUCCCCAUGAGCUAAAAUCACUGAUUUUCUCUGUGGGGUUUGGUGUGGGAGUGCUUUACAAACUUCAGUUUCCCGUUGGAAAAGUGCGUCUAACAGUGAGAUAACGACGUGAACAUGUUCUUAAGACAUUGUAGACUUAAACUUACGUAGAUGUGAUGACACGAGUGUAUUUUGAAGGGGAUCUAAUGUGUUAAAUAUCCUAGUUCUUAACAGCAGGGGGCGCUCACAGCAAUCAGCUCUGAGUGUGUGUCAGUGACUCCGAGCCAGUUUUUGAAAAACCUGAACUGUCCUCUUAUUGUUUUAUGCCACUUUUAUUUGCUAACAGGCACAAUUAUUAGUAUUAUUAUUAUUAUUAUUGUGGUUAUUAAUAUUAUUAUAGUAAUUAUUAUUAUUUUGUUACGUGUUUAAAGUGUGAAGUUGAAAAUGAAGAUGAGUCUCUGCUUUUAUCAGGAGAUACACAAAAAGGAAAAAUUAUGAUUUUGUUACUUUGAUGUUUGUUGUUGUUGUGUGUCAGUGUGUAAAAUAAUAAAGUGAGUCCAGGGAGUUUUCACGGACAUGAACUUCAA